AUGAUGACGUCAUAGAUCAUGCAUGAAACGUCAUUUUAUUGACAAAAAUUAAUGGCAGACUGUUAGUGUCACAGAAUGUAGCAAAAGAACACAAGAAAGAAAUUAACAAUGUUAAAACUGACAUUGUUAUGUACAUUGUUUUUAGUGUGCUCACAGAAUGAAACUACAGACAUCUCAAAUUCACGCCUCAGACGACAGGUUCCGCAGACGACACAGACUAACAACAACUCUACCGCCGCACCAGGCACUGUGAUCAGGCACAGCAAUGUACUGACACACGAAGCAUGCGAAAAACUCUGCAGAGAAGAAAAGAGGAUAAAAUGUCUGUUUAUCAAAUACAUUAGCGAAAAGAAAAUGUGCUAUCUCACUGACAAAGAUAUUACGAACAUGGCCGCCACAGAAGGUACGACCAAACCGCCUGAUUCAGAUGAAAAGCAAGCACUUAAACUUCAGGAGAUUUCAAGACUGUUGGCCAUGAUUGGGAAAUCAACCACAAACGAAAAGCCAAGUGCUAAAAAGCAGAGGGUAAUGCAAAUAUCCACGAAAAAAGGGAAAAGUGUCAUCAAACAAGCUGCAAAAGUGAUACCAAAGUCAAAAGAACCAUCAGAGAUUACGAUAAAAUUAAAGCAUAAGAAGAAGAAAAAUCCUGUGCCAAAACCAAACCCAUUGGAAAACACAGUACUAGAAUUGAGAGCAGACCUUGAAGACGCAAAGAAAAAGGGACAAUUUAAUUCAAAUAAAAUGAAAGAAAAAUUGAAAGAUCUAGAAGAUUUUCUAAACAAAGUUCGAGAGCUUAAACAGAAGAUUAAUGUCCUUGCCAGCACCAUAGCUGGAAAUUUUACAAGGCUACGGGAGGUUCAAAUCCGCUCCUUACUGCACUUUAACAAACGUCUGCACAACAUAUACAGAGAUUUGAUGAGGACCAGGCAAGAUAUGGACAAAAUGACAGCCAUGAUGAAAGGCUUGAAAGGCAACGACACAGCCAACAAGGAAUAUGUACGGGAUAGCAUUGCCGACUUGAAAAGUGCCAAGGCCAGAUUUGGCGCCCAUAUUAGAUCACUUCAACAGCGGAUAGCUAAACUGCACCUCGAUAUGUCCUCGUUUCACCAACUAAUACGUGUCAUUAUGUCCAACUUGAAAUCCUUGAAAAGACAGCUAUUGACAACUUUUCAGGCAAUCAAUCUCGCAAGUGAGUAG